AUGGAAAGAUGGUUAAAUGAUAAAUCAAUGCGUCCUUAUCAUGUAACAUAUCUUGGAUCAAAGUCACAAAAUGAAUUUAUUGAACUACUUGCUGCUAAAAAUCGUAAAAUUGUCGUACAAGAAAUUUGUAAGUCACAAUUGUUUACAGUUAUGGCUGAUACUACACCAGACAUAUCAUUAAAAGAUCAAUUAGCUGUAUGUUUAAGAUAUGUUGAUCAAAAUGGAAUAACAAAUUCACGUUUACUGGAUGUAGUCAAAUCUACGAAUAAAACUGGAURUGGAACAGCAAAAUCAAUUUAUGACUGUCUCGUUAAGUAUGAAAUUAAUACUGAUAAUUCAGCUUUUCGAUCGUAUGAUUAUGCGAGCAAUAUGAGUGGGAUCAAAAAAGGUGCUCAGCGUUUCUUAACUGAAUUUUUAGGUCAUUCAGYAGCAUACAUUCCAUGUCAAGCACAUAGGAUGAAUACUUUUUUAGAACACAGUUGCGAUGCUAGUCCUAUAAUUGGUGAUUUAAUUUUUGUACUUGAAAAUAUUUAUAUAGAUAGGUAG